GUAACUGCCACAGUAGCGACUGCCUUUGUCCGAAGCCCUUCGCAAUUUUCCAAUUUAACCGGAUUGAACACAAAAACCCCAAACAUUGCUUGGGGCCGUGUCGCUUACGCAAGCAACACACAUAGCGCGCAUACGGUGUAAUGUAUCAUAUCAGCCUAACCUCUUUGACGUGAGCCAGGCAGAGACAGCCGAGAUGGACGUUCUCCUGCAGCUGCGCGCGCUGCAUUUUAGCGCCGAUGCCCUGCCUCUCGGGUCCGAUGCGCAGCAGCACAAGGCUUUGCAGAUGAAAUGCUUCCUCGCGGCAGCUGGCGUGCCCCAAUCAGACCGCACACAUGAGGCAGCGGAUGCCAUGCUGGACGCGGGCGCGCCGUCCCGCCGUGAGCGGCUAUGGGCGAGCUUCACGAACGCGGCGGGCGCAGAGCCGGACUUCUGCAUCCAAGCCGGAGCCCUGGCUGAGCUGGAUGUGUCGACCGCGAUGCUGAAAGCCUCGGCACUGGCGGACCUGACGGAGGUCACCGUGGCUGCCAGAGACGCGUCCAUAAAGGCUCAUACAGCACUGCUGGACUACCACAGUAGCCAGCAGCAGCUCGCGGCACAACGUGCGGCGGCAGCAGCUACAGCCGCGGCGGCAGCAGCAGCAACAGCCUUCAACACCGGGAGCGGAAGCCAACCAGGCUUCGCACCGGCAGGUGGCAUGCGCCCGCCAGGGCCACAAGGCCCCAGCCGACCAGGCCCACGGCCGCCUGCCCUGGCAGGGCUGCAGGGGCCGGGCCCGCAUCUGACGCAGCAGCUGGGCGGCGCAGGGCCAGGACCGGGGUCGUCAAACUCGACACAGCAACCAGACGGAGGCGGACGCGGAGCGUCAGGCUGGCAAUCAGGCUUGGCGAUGGGGCCGGGCGGGGCCGCGGGGCCGCAGGUGGGCACGGCGCCGUCCCGCUGGGCCCCCGGGAAACGCGGCGCGCUGGAUGCCUUGGGCCCACCCGACGACGCAGACGGAGGCGGGGCCGGUGGUGGCUUCGGGGCAGCCGGCGCGGGCAAUGCGGGCGGAUGCGGCCUGGGCGGCUUCCGCACUGCUAAGAGCCAGCUGGUGGCGGACUGCGCACGCAAGGGCCAGCCGCCGCCAGCCUUUGUCAAUCAGGCGCCGCGCACUGGCCUGAUGCGGCCCCAGAAGGCGCAGAAGACGGGCCCGGGCGGCGGCGGCUCCAGUGUGCGUGGCUUCGUGCCGCCGUUCGUGGCCAAGGCCGUGGAGGGUAUGAACGGCGGCGGCAACGGGGCUGGGGGCGGUGCCGGCGGCGGGGCAGGCGGCGAGGGCGGCGUGGAGAGCCCCUACCCUGCCAAGCUCCUGGACAUGCUGUCAGAGCGCGGGCUGCUCAGUUUCGACGGGGAGGGCGGGUUAGUGCUGCCGCCCAAGCUGGCGCAGCUGGACCCCAAGAUCGUGGAGCACGUGUUCAACGAGGUGACGGACAGCUGCGGCGGCAUCACGUGGGACGACAUCGCGGGCCAGGACGCGGCCAAGCGGCUGGUGCAGGAGAUGGUGGUGUGGCCCAUGCUCAACCCGCAGCUGUUCACGGGUGCGCGGGCGCCGCCGCGCGGGUUGCUGCUGUUCGGUCCACCCGGCACCGGCAAGACGCUGAUUGGCAAGGCAGUGGCGGCCAACAUCUGCGCAACCUUCUUCUCCAUCUCCGCCUCCUCGCUCACUAGCAAGUGGAUCGGCGAGGGCGAGCGCAUGGUGCGGGCGCUGUUCGCGCUGGCUGGGCUGCUGAGUCCCUCCGUCAUCUUCAUAGACGAGAUAGACUCGCUCAUCUCCGCGCGCAAGUCCGAAGGCGAGCACGAGGCCAGCCGGCGGCUGAAGACGCAGAUGCUGAUCGAGCUGGAGGGCUGCGACCCCUCCAAGGACGCCGAGCGCAUCUUGCUCAUCGGCGCCACCAACCGGCCGGAGGAGCUGGACGAGGCGGCGCGCAGGCGCAUGCCCAAGCAGCUCUACAUUCCGCUGCCCUGCGAGGCCGCGCGGCGCCAGAUGCUGUCGCGUGCCUUCCGAGCCGGAUCCGACAUCUCCCACUGCCUGACGCCCGUGGACUUGGACAAGGUGGUGGAGCGCACUGCCGGCUACAGCGGCAGUGACAUGAAGAACCUGAUCCAGGAGGCCUGCCAGGGCCCGGUGCGCGACCUGUUCCGGCAGCGCGGCAACGUGACCAACGUGGCAGCCUCGGAGCUGCGGCCCGUGACGCUGCGGGACUUUCAGAUGGCGUGCAAGGCGCAGAAGCGCAGUGUGGCGGACUGUGAGGUGGAGCGCUACAUCGCAUAUGACGCCACCUUUGGGGCCAAGUACGUGGGAGACGACCCCGCGGCGGACGGCGACGAGGAGCUGGAGCCGUGGUGAAGAGGGGCUGGGGAGAGGUGGUGGUGGGCGGCGGCGGCGGCGGCAGGAGCAGGCGUGGGCGAAGUCGGCGGGAUGGGAGAGCAAGGGGGCAGCAGCCCUGUGGAGCAGGACGGGCCGAGGGUGCCUGGGGAGGGGAGAGGAGCAGGAGGGAGGCGUGGGGAGGGGAAGAAGCAGGAGGGACGAGGGCAGGCGGCGGGCUUCACUCAGGGCGUGUUGCCGCCAAGCAGGAUGGCAAAGUGUAGAAGCCAGGGCACGAAUGUGCAGACGUGCGAUGUGGAGCAUCUGGAGUCCGAAGCAAGCGCCAAUGCGAGCGGCGAUUCAUUAUGUCAAGGCCCGAA